AAAGGGAAGACAACUAAGGAAUUAAAGACAAUGUGAUGGAAGGCUUUUAUACACUACGAUUUUUUUUUGAAAUUUCGUUAUACCUUAGCUGUACAAAUCAAAUAAAUUGAAAAAAUAUACAUAAGUAAUAUUUGCGUUUUUUUUUUUUGUGGACGUAGACGCCGGAGCUCUAGUCUUUGCUUACCUCUUCCGAUCUGAAAAUAUCCCAAAUUAUUUUGCAUCUUUUUUAUCUCUAUCUCUUUAGAGUUUCUCUUUGUGUUGACUUCUCUUUUGCUCCAUUUUUUCCCUUUUUUUUCUGCUUUACUUGUUGUUCACAUCUGAUUCCUUUUCAUUUUCACUACACAGUUUAGUUUUUCCUAGUAUUUCACUUGUGAUUUUAGAAUAUUAUUAGUGUCUUUGUGUUAUAUUUGGAGAAGUAACUUAGCAGGUAAAGUUUGUGCAAGUGAGUUGACCUGUUUUAUGCUCAACUGAGACAAAUUUGCCGAUCCUGAGGCUCGGGAUCGGAAAAAUGGGUUGGGAAAACAAUCAACAGGCUGAAAACAAUGAGCAACACGAUUCCAGACCUUUAUUUCUACAGAAGUUUCGGCUCUAUGAGACUAGCUCGAACUUCUAUAUGGUUGGAAGGGAUAAGAGUAGAACUUCUUGGAAAGUUCUGAAGAUCGACAGAUUAGAGCCUUCAGAGCUAAUCAUGUAUGAAGAUUCUGCCACAUACUCAGAACUUGAAUGUAGUGACCUUCUUAAAAGAAUACAUGAAGGGAACAUAUCAAGUGGAGGGCUUAAAUUCGUUUCAACAUGUUACGGAAUUGUUGGUUUUGUAAAGUUUUUGGGACCUUAUCACAUGUUGCUUAUUACGAAAAGAAGGAAGAUUGGAAUGAUAUGUGGUCAUGCAGUUUAUGCUAUUACAAAGAGCGAGAUGUUUCCAAUUCCCAAUUCUACUGUGCUAUCCAAUAUGCCUUAUUCUAAGAAUGAGAACAGAUAUAAGAAGCUCCUGCGCACAGUGGAUCUCACAAGGGACUUCUUUUUUAGCUACUCCUAUCACAUUAUGCUUAGUCUUCAAAAGAACCUGAACAAUUGUGAGACUGGACUCACGCUUUACGACACAAUGUUUGUAUGGAAUGAGUUCUUAACACGAGAAAUUCGUCAUCAGCUCAAAAAUACUCUUUGGACUGUCGCUCUAGUAUAUGGAUUCUUUAAACAGGUUACGCUUUCUCUUUCUGGUAGGAGUUUCAUGUUGACCCUAAUUGCUAGACGAUCUCGUCAUUAUGCUGGUACCAGAUAUUUAAAAAGAGGUGUAAAUGAGAAGGGUCGUGUAGCAAAUGAUGUCGAAACGGAACAGAUUGUGCUUGAUAAUGUGGCUGAUGGGUGCCCAGUACAAAUAAGUGCUGUUGUGCAGAACCGGGGUUCAAUACCUCUUUUCUGGUCGCAAGAAACUUCACGUUUGAAUAUUAAGCCUGCCAUCAUACUCUCUAGGAAUGACUUGAAAUUUGAAGCCACUAAACGUCACUUUGAGAAUCUUGUGAAGAGAUAUGGAAAUCCAAUUAUAAUAUUGAAUUUGAUUAAGACUCGUGAGAAGAGGCCUAGAGAAACAAUUCUUCGUGCAGCAUUUGCCAAUGCUAUUGAGUUUAUAAAUAAAGAUCUGUCUGAGGAGAACCACUUGAGAUUUCUUCACUGGGACCUAAAUAAACACUCUAAAAGCAAAGCUACAAAUGUCUUGACACUCCUGGGCAAGGUGGCUGCUAAUGCGUUGGAGUUAACAGGCUUCCUUCACUGUCAACUUAUCCCUGCCUCAAAGACUGGGAAAUUGCUAAAAUUCUCGUCCAUUGACAAUACUGAAGAUCAAGCUGGACAAGACAUUUGUGAAGUGAGAGCUGAAGCAAACUCCACUAGUGACAAUUACCAUGUCAACCUUUCAACACUACAGAGAGGGGUGUUACGAACUAAUUGCAUAGACUGUUUGGAUCGCACAAAUGUUGCACAAUUUGCCUAUGGGCUGGUUUCCCUAGGCCAUCAGCUGCAUGCCUUAGGCUUUAUAGACGUGGAGAACAUUGAUUUAGAUUCCCCUUUAGCAGAUAAUCUAAUGAAACUUUACGAAGAAAUGGGUGAUACACUUGCACUACAAUAUGGAGGGUCUGCUGCACAUAACAAGAUAUUUUCAGAGAGACGAGGCCAGUGGAGAGCAGCAACUCAGUCUCAAGAGCUCUUUAGAACGAUUCAGCGCUAUUACAGUAAUGCCUACAUGGACGCCGAGAAACAAGAUGCCAUUAAUGUGUUCUUGGGACAUUUCCGGCCUCAAGAAGGUAAGCCAGCUCUCUGGGAAUUGGAUUCAGACCAACACUAUAAUGUUGGGGGGCAUGCAUCAAGUUUAGCCAUGGAGAGUUCUAGGUCGUUUAUUAAAAGGUCCCUAUCAGAAGGGAAUUUAUCUACUGUCAAAGAGACUGACACAGAGCAGACCAUUGACUCUGACCAACCUUUGCCUGAGAGUGCAAAAGGUGGUAGUAAGGGUCUUUCCGAGUCCACCCCAGAAAUCUCAACUUGUGAAACUGAUAUUUCGUUUGCCAGGUACACACCCUCAAUGUCUGGUAGACAGCUUUUCCUGGAUAUGCAAUUAGGGCAGUGUCUCGGCAGUGAAAAUGUUAGAUUGCGUGACCGUGUUGAUUCAAUUGAUUUUUCAAAUUUCCUAGAUAUUGAGUGUCUCUCUUCAUCUGGAAAUUCAUGUGAAGAAGAAACAUACGAGAGGUCUACAAUCAUAUGCUCACCAUGUGGUGCCCUCUCUUCAGAUGGUUUAACAGUUGAAUCUAAAGCUGAAACAAGCUCUUCAGCAAUUGAAUCUGCAUCAAGCUUGAAGCGCGAGGAUCAGACUAGUGGAGAUUUCAGUUUCGAUGCCAAAGGAAGUAGUAAAGAAACUGUUGAAUUCUCUGAGAAGUUUGUGCAUUGGGUUAUCAACGGAGAUAUGCUUUUCCCUUGAGAUCAUUUCCGGUCUCUUCGAAGCUGUAUUCUUUCAGGCAAUUACUUUCAAUCAAACCAUCCGAAGGAUGUGGAUUACUUACGGAAUAAAUGACAGGUGAUGAAGAUUAGGUUAGAGGGCAAGAAUGAUUUUUGUUAUAGAAAAUAUGCCUAAACAAAGCUGUUGAGAUUGUAAAUUGAAGCACGUUAGAAAACGAUAUAGAAAGUACAGAGUAAAUAGAAGCAGAUGAUUCUUUCAGUUGUUUUCACUUCUUCAUUUUCUACCUAACUGUUUUUGUAGGUUCAAGUUCUGUAAAUAUCUGUUACAUUUUUAUACGUUGGAGCUCCAUUAUUCUUUUCUUCUGUAUACAAGCUGAUCUUUAUCGUA